AUGGCUCCCCAUAUUGCUUCCAACACUACAAUGACCUUCCCUGACGACAAGGUAACGUGUGAGCUGCGUGACAAUGCCGAGGCUCAGUCCGCUACUCCUGGCCUUCUUUCAGGCGUCGGUGGUCCAGAGGAGAAGAAACUUCUUCGCAAGAUUGACCUCCAUUUGCUGCCCAUUCUAUUCCUCAUGUUCAUCUUCAACAACCUUGACCGAUCGAACAUAGGGAAUGCCAAGGCAGCUGGCAUGACAGCGGAUCUUAACAUGAACUCCGAGCAGUACUCCGUUGCUCUCCUCGUCUUCUUCAUUGGUUACUGCCUUGGGCAGACGCCGUCCAACAUGAUCCUCACUCGUUUCAAGCCCCACGUCUACCUUCCCAUGCUCAUGGCUGUAUGGGGGGCCAUUGCCGUUGCCCUCGCAGGUUGCAAAACUUUUGGUGCGCUUGUUGGUGUCCGUGCGCUCCUCGGUUUCCUUGAAGCAGGAUUUGCCCCGGGUGUCCUCUUUCUGUUGUCAAGCUGGUACCGCCGCAACGAGCUAGGCGGUCGCUACUGCCUCUUUUGGUUGGGUUCGCCCACUGCGGGUGCCCUAGGUGGAAUCCUGGCCGGUGGAAUUACCGAAAGCCUCGAUGGAUAUCAAGGACACGCUGGUUGGCAGUGGCUCUUUAUUAUCGAAGGAGUCGCCACAAUCGCCGUCGCCAUUGUUGCCUUCUUUCUGCUUCCCGACUUCCCCGACACUACAACUUGGCUCACAGAGGAGGAGAAGAUGCUGGCCAAACAGCGUCUCCUCAUGGACAACAUUGGUUCUGCUCAGGGUGAGGGUGCAACCCACGGGGCACUCGCCAGCAUCAAGGAAAUGUUUGGUGAUUGGCGCACCUACAUCUUCAUUUUCCUCUACAUGAUGGCCACAGGCGCUCUGACCAUCAACUAUUUCAUCCCCACUCUAGUCGGGUCCCUCGGCUACAAGGGCAUUACCCUCCAGUACAUGACUGUGCCAAUCUGUGAGCAAGAGCUGCCGAAUGCCGCUAACCAUGCAGACGCCACGGCCAUGGUCUUCAUCCCGAUCGUCUGCUUCCACUCCGACUACCGUCAAGAGCGAGGCUUCCAUCUUGCUGGAACUGCAGUUUUCACCGGAGCCUGCUUCGCUGCAAUUAUGGGCAUUACCGCCCAGAAAGCACAGUACGCUUUGCUCUGCUUUGCGGUAGCGGGAAUUUACGUUUGCAUCCCGUUAGUCCUCGUCUGGACAUCCAACGUUGUGUCCUGGCCCGCCGAGAAGCGAGCAGUCACUCAGGCAACUGUCAACGCCAUGGGUAAUGCGGCCUCCAUCUACGGUUCAUUCCUCUGGCCAUCGUCGGACGCCCCUCGCUACUAUCCUGGCUUUGGUGCAACCCUUGCAAUGAAUGUCGCUCUCGCUGUUGUCGCAGUCGCCAUGGUCAUACUCAACCGUCGAUUCCCAUACCCAAUUACCGAUCCCAUCGUUCGCGAGAUCUCCAAUUCGGACGAGGAGAAACCACGGACGGUAGUGGUGUGA